AUGGAAGGUUGUGGGUGAUGCUCAGAGAUGGACACCUUCAGCACCAAGAACCUGGCCCUGCAGGCCCAGAAGAAGCUCUUGAGCAAGAUGGCUACCAAGACCAUAGCCAACGUCUUCAUUGAUGACACCAGCAGUGAGAUCUUGGACGAGCUCUACCGGGCCACCAAGGAAUACACCCACAACCGCAAAGAGGCCCAGAAGAUCAUCAAAAACCUCAUCAAGAUUGUCAUGAAGUUGGGCGUCCUCUACCGCAAUGGGCAGUUCAACCCCGAGGAGCUGCUGGUGAUGGAGCGUUUCCGCAAGAAGGUCCAUACCUUGGCCAUGACGGCCGUCAGCUUCCACCAGAUAGACUUCACCUUCGACCGCAGGGUCAUGUCGGGUGUGCUGACAGAGUGCCGGGACCUGCUGCACCAGGCUGUCAACGGCCACCUGACGGCCAAAUCCCACUCCCGCAUCAACCACGUCUUCAAUCACUUUGCGGACUACGAGUUCCUCUCGGCUCUUUACGGGCCAUCUGAGCCCUACCGCACCCACCUGAAGAGGAUCUGCGAAGGGGUUAACAAGAUGCUAGAGGAGGACAACAUAUGA